AUUUUGCUGAUAUUUCACUCCAGGGACUGKGAAGCUGUUCAAAUUGCUCAAAAAGCUGGCUAAAUAACUUGAAAUUCCAGUGUUAUUUGCUUCAGUUAUCAUUUGAAAUAUGUACUUUGUUUUGAAGAAAGCACUCUGUGUUCCACCGCAGUUUCCGAUGUGAAAUCUACAAGAAAUCGACAUUUCUUUGCUCCUUUGCACAAUCAUGACUGAACCGCCUUCAAAAAGGCUUAAAAUAACUGAUAAMAGGGCUCCAACAGCUUCAAUUUCCUCAGAUUUCUUCCAUGGGAUGAAGGKUGUUAUUGUAGAAAAUGGACUAGGUAAAACAAGAGUUGGAAUUCUUGGACAGAAAUUUAUCAAACAUGGAGGCCAUGUUCAAAACAAACUUGAUAAAAAUACUACUCAUGUUUUUGUGGCCCCAACUGUUAGAUUUGAAAGAAUACCAAAACUUUUAGGCCUCGCAGAAAAGUCAUUGCCAGAGAAAUUAGUAAUUGUAAAGGCAGACUGGAUAAGUAUGUGCCUUCUUGAAAAUCAGCAAGUAAAUAUUCAAAAAUACACUUUAUCUUGUCCUGCAUCUCAUAAAAAGCUGGAAGAUCAAGGUAUAGAUGGUAAAGAUGAAGGUACAAGUUUGAUAAAYGUUACAGAAACAGAAUCAACCAGUGAAGUAAAAAACGUUGCAGUAACGUCCAUUGUAGAAGAUCAAGAUAGUGAUUUUUCAGACAGUGGAGAUGAAGGUGAGAGUACUAAAGAAAUCAAAAGCAAAUGCUCCCCAGAGAAGACCAAAGGUACAUGGAUCUGUGCUUUGUCUUCAACAUCAAAAGGAAUCAAUCAUAAUCAACACAUAACAGACAAGCUUCAGGUCCUUGCAACCUCUUAUGCCAACACYAAAGAUCAGUGGAGAGCUUUAGGUUAUAAGAAGGCAAUAUCAUCAAUAAAGGCAUAUCAUAAACCCAUUGAAACUUGGGAAGAGUGUAGCAAGCUUCCUUUUGUAGGAGAAAAGCUUGCAAAAAAGAUCUGGGAGAUAGUAGAAACUGGUCACCUACGACGACUGGACCAUAUGGAUCCCAAACUUGAAGCRAUUAACCUUUUCACAGACGUAUGGGGUGCAGGACCAACAACAGCAGARGUUUGGGCUUCUAAAGGGUUCAGAACAUUGGAUGAUCUUGAGAAGAAUGCUAACUUAACAUCGCAACAAAARAUUGGCUUGAAAUACUUCAGUGAGUUYCGUGAAAGGAUGCCUCGUGAAGAAGCUGGGAAAAUCGGUGAAGAAGUUUGUGUUGCAGUAAAAGAGGUUAAUCCUGGUCUUGUAUGUGAGACUUGUGGAUCAUACCGCCGUGGAAAACCAACAUGUGGCGAUGUUGAUGUCUUGGUUUCGCAUCCGGAUGGAAGAUCCCACAAAGGUGUCUUACCUGAUAUCAUUUCCAAGCUAAAAUCCAAAGGUUUUAUUACAGAUGACUUGGUGUCUGUUCAUCCUGAGCAGAAUAAAUACAUGGGUGUUUGUAAGCUUKCAGGCGACAACAAUAAACACAGACGGUUAGAUAUUAUAGUCAAGCCAUACAGUGAAUAUGCUUGCGCAAUCAUGUAUUUCACAGGAUCAGACUAUUUUAACAGGUCUAUGCGGCUUCUAGCUAAAAAGAAUGGCAUGUCUCUGUCUGAGCACUCUCUUAACACYGGUGUUGUGAGGCAUGGUGGGGAGAAAGUGUUUGAAGGGACGCCUUUGCCUGUUAAUAGUGAGCAAGAUAUUUUUAAGUAUUURGGRUUAAGCUACAGAACACCUGAAGAGAGGGAUUGGUAAAAUUCACUUCUUUCCUGGACACUAAAUUCCUGGUUCACCAUGAACCAUGYAUGAUAUGAUAUAUAUGUAAAUAAUUUUUUUACUGUUCACUCAUUAACAUCAAUUAAAARUAAAUGAAUAUUAGAGAAAAUAACAAAAUGUAACGUAGCAGAAUUUUUUAAUCAUYAAAAACAAAUUGUAAACCCUAUAGAAAAAGGGUUAAGAAUGUCAAAAAUUAAACAUUAAAUCAUGA